AUGGAAUCACUCGGCUUCACAAACAUCGACUACGCAUCCAUCGAAUCCAAACUCGGUAUCCCAAACCGCUGCUCCAGCGAUCCAAACGCCCACCGAAAACCCCCUCACGAUCCCCUCCUCUACAAAAAAAUCUUCGCCGAUUCCCCCACACUAACAACCUCUGAAUGGCAAAAUCCCCAAAAGGUUUUGAUAAAAAUAAGAACCUUCCAAGUAGGAUUUCAUAAAUACCAGCAUAACCUAAAAGACUUUAAUAAAAACUGUAGGGUUAUGAAGAUGAAUUUGGAUGAUGAACAGGAUACUUUGAGUAAACUCAGGAUUUAUGGGACGCUUGGAGAAGUUGGGGUGUGGAUUUUGAGGAUGGAGAAGAGGAUUGAGGAGAGGAAUAGGGAGAUGGAGAAGGCAGUGAAGAGGUAUGAGGAGUUUGUGGAGGCGGGGAGGAAGAAGAUUGAGAUGAUUAUGGAGAGGGGAGGGGGGAGGGAGAGAAGUUCGUGGUGGAUGGAGAAACCGUGGUAUGAGAGGGGGGAGGUUUAUGAUAGUGGGGAGUUUUAG